AUGCCUUCCAGCCUUCUUCGGGUAUCAGAUGUAAUUGGUGACCACAGAACGUUGCAAAAACUGCAACCGAUUUCUUUCGAUUUUCAUCAACCAUCCUCACGAUUAAAAAUUGGCUUGAGUUAUAUCUAUCUAUCUAUUUAUCUAUCUAUCUAUCUAUCUAUCUAUCUAUCUAUCUAUCUAUUUAUUUUAAUAUCUAUCUAUCUGUCUAUCUAUCUAUCUCAAUUUUACAAUUUCGUUUUUAUUAAUAUUUACUCAGCUACAGGAAGUCAACAAUACAGUUCUUUAUUUUUAAUUCAUAUUAUUUGUCUUACGUCUUUAUUUCUAUUUCCUUUUUCUUUCUUUCCUUCUUUUUCUUUCUUUCUUUCUUUCUUCCUUCUUUUUUUCGUUCUGUCUUUCUUUUUAUUUUCUGUUUAUUCUUUUGAUGUUUCUCUUAUUUCUUUUUCUUUAUUCUUAUUUUCAUUUUUCUUUUCUUUUUUCUUUUCUAUCUUUCAAACCAUAAGUUAUUCUUUGCUUUUUUUUCUUUUACCACAUUUUUGUUUCUUCUCGAUUUUCCUUCUUGCCUUUUCUGAUAUAUUUCAAACCUCGCUUUUUCUUUUUCUUUCUUUUCUUUCCUUUUAUUUCAUUAUCAUUCAUCCCUUUUUCUUCUUUCCUUUAUUAAAUUUUUCGUUCAUUGUCGUUUUUGGAUAUUACUUUGAUUUUUUUUCCAGCUAUUCCUUCUUCCCGCUUCUUAUCUUCCUUCAUAUCUCUGCUAGAUACAUUUCUUCUCUUACCUUUUUCUUUCUAUCUUUGUUUCCCUCUUUCUCUCUUUCUCUCUUUCUCUUUCUCUUUCUCUCUCUUUCUCUUUAUUUCUUUUUCUUUCUUUCUCUCUCUUUCUUUUUCUUUCUUUCUCUCUUUCUUUUUCUUUUUCUUUCCCUCUUUCUCUCUUUCUCUCUCUUUCUUUGUUUUUCCUUCUCUCUGUCUUUGUUUUUCCUUCUCUCUUUCUUUUUCUUUGUUUUCAUUUCUCUCUUUGUGUUUCAUUGUUUUUCUUUCUCUCUUUCUUUUUUCUUUCUGAAAAUUUCCUAUUAUAUCUAUUAG